GGGAGCGCUGGGCGCUCGGCGGCGAGCGGCGUGCCUCGGAGGAGUGAAAGAUGUCUGGCCGCGGACGACGCCCGGAGCUCGGCGGCCCGCCGGAGCUGUUCUACGACGAGAGCGAAGCCCGGAAAUACAUGCGCAACUCGCGCAUGAUUGAUGUGCAGACCACUAUGGCCGGGAGAGCCUUGGAGCUCCUUUGCCUGCCUGAGGAUCAGCCCUGUUACCUUCUGGACGUUGGCUGUGGGACCGGCCUGAGCGGAGAUUAUCUCACGGAUGAGGGACACUGCUGGGUGGGCUUUGAUAUCAGCUCCGCCAUGCUUGAUGCAGCUUUGGAUAGAGAAGUUGAGGGAGAUGUGUUCCUGGGGGACAUGGGCCAGGGCAUCCCCUUUAGACCUGGCACCUUUGAUGGCUGUAUCAGCAUUUCUGCAUUGCAGUGGCUCUGUACUGCUAACAAGAAGUCGGAAAAUCCCGUCAAGCGCCUGUACUGCUUUUUUUCUUCUCUGUAUUCGGUUCUGGCACGGGGAGCCCGAGCCGUCCUGCAGCUGUACCCGGAGACCUCAGAGCAGCUGGAGCUGAUCACGGCGCAGGCCACCAAGGCUGGCUUCACUGGUGGCGUCGUAGUGGACUACCCCAACAGCGCCAGAGCUAAGAAGUUCUACCUCUGUCUCUUUUCUGGACCUUCGACCUUCCUGCCACAGGGGCUGAGUGACACAAAGGCUGAGGAGGCGGCUGAGGAGGCCCCCGUGGAGUCUUCCUUUGUGACUGGGAGGGUCCCUUUCAGGAUGACCAGGCGCUGGAUGGUGAGGAACACCCGCCAGUGGGUGCUGCAGAAGAAGGCGCGCCGCCGACGCCAGGGCAGGGAAGUCCGACCUGACACCCAAUACACGGGCCGCAGGCGCGGACCCCACUUCUGAGCAGAGCAGGAGGCCCUCCUGAGGGGCCACACAUCUGGGAAGGUUCCCAUAUCCAAGUUCCCGUUUUUCCCAUGGAUCUAAGACAAGUUUUCAAGAAAAGUUCUAAGUUCUAACUAUUUUUUCUCUAAAUGUUUUGAGAAAAAAGUUCUGAGAGCACUUUAUUUUGUUUAAAAGCAAUAAACACUUUUGGUUGCAUUCUG